CCAAUCAAGAAGCGACGGGUGCCAAUGUGCCAAUGACUGUCACUCAUCCUCUCAUCAAUGACCUCAACAAUCUUGCUCCCACGCGAUCAUCUACUAGGUAACAGAGCAUCUGUCGCUGCAUGCAUGUAUUACCUACUAGCUAGUAUCUUUCUCAAUAAAAACCAAGAACAAUAAGAUAGACAUCUAUUAGCUCGAACAAGAUGAGCAGCAACAGUGAAGGAGAAGCGUUCAAAGUGGCGCUGAGGCCGCGUGUGAAUAUCAAUUCGACCAUUGAAGAAUUAAAGUCUCAGCAGAGCAGUUUGACGUCGAUUCAACUCAAUUUCUACAAGCGAUUCUUUGAAGAAGCCGAAGAGGAGAAAUUGGAAAAGCUGUUUGAGGCAGUGGGAAGUCUCAAGGCUCUCAAAACGUUGAUUUUCACGUCCAAAGGAUCCAAUGUACAGGUGGUACCCGCCAAUCUAUUAGCCAAAUGUCUCAAUAAAGCAUCCCAGAACUUGGAAACGCUCCAUUUGGACAAUAUCCGCGUCAAUGCGUUCGAUGCCAACAUGGACUGUCUCAGCGAUGCCUUGGCCGAUUUGGAAGAAUUAAAAGUCCUCAAAUUGCACUGCGAAGAUAUGGACGUUUUAGAGCAACCCAUUGCCGCGGCAGGACAGAUACCCACUUUGGAAAUAUGCGAAAUUGAAUCGGCCACCAUUGCCCAAAAAAUUGCAGAACCAUCCGAAUCUUUGUGCUGGAGCAAAUCACUCCACUCGCUCAAACUCAUCAAUGUCGCACAAUCGUUUGGAGACUUGUUUGAUGUCAUUUCGCUACUGGCUGUCAAUCAAGUAUUGCAAGAAUUGACGUUGCAGGUAUCCGAAUUGGAUGUCAAGGGAGGACAGGAAUUGGUCAAAAUGCUCGCAUACAAUAGCUCCUUGCAACGAGUCGUGCUACAGGCCGAACGCAUGGCCAAUGCCACCGUGGGAGAAGCAUUCAUACCCUCGCUGGCACAGAAUGAAUCGCUACAGUACUUUCAAAUCAUUCUCGAUGGACGACAAUCCGAUAUGAAGGUGGUGCGAGCAAUGGGCGUCAAAUUCAGGGAUACCCUCAAGGGAACGUACAAGGUCACGCCAAGAGCGGGAAUGGCCAUGGGGGUGAUCUGUGAACGAGAAGCAGUUGAAGUGGAAGCACCAGCAGAGGAGGAGUAGGUAGGUAUUUUUAAAGAGGUUUGGGUGGGGAUGGCUUUGGGAACGAUCCAUGCAAGAGUAAAAACAAUGCUACUGUACACCGUAGCUUCCCAUGAAAAAGCAAUGAAAAGAGCAGUCUCCUUUUUUAGAAUACGUUAGCAAAAGACUACUACGGUAGUUGAU